CUCCUUCCCAAUGCUUUCCCUCCAAAAACCCCAAUUUGGCUUUGAAUCCCUUCCCUCCAUUUUUUUCAAAUAUCCCAAAAUCAGAGCCGUAGAAUAAUAAAUACCCCACCCAAUCGAUGCCAUUCAUUUCCAAGAUCAUGAAAUCCCUCUCCCUCUCUCCCUUCUCCAUCAAUCCAACCCUCCACAAACACAAAUCCCCUCUUCUCCUCCCUUUCCCAUUCUGCCCUUCCCUUUUCUCCAAAUCACCAAUCUGUACUCCCCUCUUUUUCCCUACAAAGGCCUUCUCUUCUUCUUCUUCUUCCUCCCUCAACGACCCUCUCCCAUCCCUCUCUCCGAUCCUCAUCGACGGCUCUGAUCCCGCCAUGCAGACCGGCCCCGCUUCCGGAGAGAUCCACGUCAUCCUUGGCCCGAUGUUCGCUGGCAAAACCACUGCCCUCCUCCGCCGCAUCCAGUCGGAGAGCAGCAACGGCAGAAAAGUUGCAAUAGUAAAAUCUGACAAGGAUACAAGAUAUGGGUUGGACUCGAUCGUGACACAUGAUGGUGCAAGAAUGCCAUGCUGGGCUUUGUCGGAUCUUUCAUCUUUCAAGGCAAAAUGUGGAGCUGUUGAAUAUGAAAAGCUUGAUGUUAUAGGAAUUGACGAAGCUCAAUUCUUUGAAGACCUUUACGAUUUCUGCUGCAAGGCAGCCGAUCAUGAUGGGAAGACCGUAAUCGUCGCAGGCCUUGAUGGUGACUACUUGAGAAGGAGCUUUGGGUCUGUGCUGGAUAUUAUACCUUUAGCCAAUUCCGUAACCAAACUAACAGCUCGCUGUGAGCUCUGUGGCAAAGGGGCCUUCUUUACACUUAGGAAGACAGGUGAAAUGCAAACUGAACUGAUUGGUGGGGCCGAUGUCUACAUGCCAGUCUGUCGGCAGCACUAUGUGAAUGGACAAGUCAUCAUUGAAGCUACAAGAAAUGUCUUGGAGUCUCAGAAAGUUCAUUGUGACCCACUUCCUGAAGUAGCCCCGGUAUUUAGUUAGCAUGAUCCAUGUUGCUAUUCUUUAGAGUAAUCGGGUUGAGUUUGUUACUUUUCUAAGUCUGUUUGAGCUGCUAAUACCAGUUGUAUGCUGCUCGAUUUAGUGUUGUUGUAUCCUUCUCCGUGUGUACGUAUAUUAAGGUUAUCACCUCUUUAAUGAAAGUAAGGAUUAUUUUUCUCUA